GACAAGAGCAAACGAACUCCUGCGGCUCCUUGGGCCUGCAUCUGCCACCGAGCCUGUCGUCCGUCUGAAUCCGUCUCGAUCGGCCGAUUCGCCGGACAGAUACUUUGAACGCAUUCUUCGCCUCUCAUCCUUUGCCUCUGUCUUCUGCCCCCUUCCCCGCACUUCAUCUUGCCAUUCUCUCGGUUUCUGGCUUUGCCUGCGAUACAAUGAAGGAGGAGCUACUCGCCGGGUUGAUGAACAACCCAUACUUUUCUGCCGGCUUUGGCUUGGUCGGCGUCGGCGCCGGACUGGGCCUCCUUCGCCAGGGAGCCAUCCACGGCGUUACUCUGGCCAAGCGGCAUUUGCUCGUGACCCUGGAGAUCCCCUCCAAGGACUUUAGCUACUCAUGGUUUCUGCAGUGGAUGAGCUCCCGGGGCAACACCCCAAAGUCCGGCCACCAGCUCUCGGUCCAGACCAGCUUUAUUCAGCACGACAACGGAUCGACCUUCACAAAGUUCCGGCUGAUCCCAGGUCCCGGCCGGCAUUACUUCCAGUAUCGAGGCGCAUGGAUCCAGGUCGAACGCACCCGAGAAAAGCAGAUGACCAACAUGCAGUCCGGGACGCCCUGGGAAAGCGUUGUGCUGACGACCCUGUCGCGGGACCGCACCAUCCUCGAGAGGCUGCUUGAAGAGGCCAAGGAGCUGGCGCUCGAAUGCGAGGAGGGCAAGACGGUGAUCUACACAAGCUACGGGCCCGAGUGGCGGCCGUUCGGCAACCCACGCAAGCGCCGGCCUUUCGAGAGCGUCGUGCUGGACCAGAACAUCUCCCACCGGAUCCUCAAGGACGUCAAAAAGUUCAUGACCAACGGCAAGUGGUACUACGAACGCGGCAUUCCCUAUCGACGGGGGUAUCUGCUCUACGGGCCGCCCGGCAGCGGCAAGACGUCGUAUAUCCAGGCGCUCGCGGGCGAGCUGGGCUACAACAUCUGCCUGAUGAAUCUCAGCGAGCGCGGCAUGACCGACGACCGCCUGGCACAUCUGCUAAGCAAUACGCCGCCCCGGUGUCUGAUUCUCCUCGAGGACAUCGAUGCCGCCUUUUCACAGAGGCAGCAGAGCGACGCCCAGGGGUAUCAGUCCAUGGUGACAUUUUCGGGGCUCCUGAACGCUCUCGAUGGUGUCGCCUCUGCCGAGGAACGCAUCAUCUUCAUGACCACCAACCAUAAGGAGCGCCUCGAUCCCGCCCUCAUCCGGCCCGGACGAGUGGACAUGCAAGAGUACUUUGGUAACGCCACGCCGGAGCAAGCCGAGAAACUGUUCCUGAAGUUCUUCCCGCAGGAGCACCAGAAAGCGCUGGAGUUUGUCCAGCUGUUUGCCAAGCUGGAGCAGCAACGAAGCCACGAGCAGACAAGCCUCCACCAGGCUUCAAAGUCAGUCAGUCCCGCGAUGCUCCAGGGCCACUUUGUCAUAUACAGCGACGACCCGCAAAAGAGCAUCGACAACUUGGCCCGGCUGUUUUAGUGGCCGUAGGAGAGGAGGGGGGGAACCUGUUACUGAGCGAGUCGCGCGAUGUAAACCAAAUGAAAUGUUUAACCACGCCG